AUGACCAAGAUAUUUGGGGGCGGGUCAAUGAAGCAGUUAAGACGCGCCGGACGCCCGUACAACAAAUUGGAAAGCGCUCUCAGCUCAAUUGAAACUGAUGCGAAAGAGCUACAUAAAAUUUGUACAUUCGCCAACGGACACCUACAGCACGGAUUGCGACAAGAAGUAACCAAGGUGGUUGAGAACCUCGAACAAGACAUAGCCGAAAGAGCUCGCGUGGCAAAAGAGCGCGAAUUGAGCGACCGACAAAAUCUGGAGUUCCAGCAAGAGAGGCAUCUGCGGGAGCUGAUAAAUUCAAUCAUCGAUGGCGAUAAUCACAACGCUUAUCUGCUCGACGACAUCGAGGAAAAGAGAUUUAAAGACUCGUGCGAGUGGAUAUUCCAGACACCACAAUGGCACACAUGGGUCGCCGAGAAUUCUUCAAGUCCAAUACUAUGGCUGAAUAGGGAAUAUGGCUGUGGAAAGUCCUACAUAUGUGCUUCCAGUAUUUACCGGAUCGAGGCUAUCAAAAGCUCUUUUCCCGUGUUCCUGCCCCUAUCGAGCGACAGGCAAGUCCCUCGACGGCAGCUGCUCAGGUCGCUCGCUCGACAGGUAUUGUUUCGCGUUCAAGAACAAUGCGGGGAGAUCGACGGACUGGAUGAGUUCGAUGACACCGGCAGCAUGAAGAGUUUGAUCGAUUACUUGAUGAACGAAGCCCUCCGACGCUCUGGUCGCGUGCGUCUGUGGCUCAGCUCGCAGGACGUCGACUGGAUUUCAAAUGCUGUCUCGGCAAUUCCUACAAGCUCCGUUCUCAAGCUUCGGGUGACAAGUGACAAAACGGAGAGCGACAUUGCUCGAUUUCUGGCACACAGCCUUGGGCUAUCGACAAAGAUUGCUAACGCAUGGGAUCGUUUUCUUGUGAAAGUCAAAAUGAACGUAGAGGUUCAAGGGAGCUUUCUCUGGGCGGUGACGAUGGUAGAAGAGCUGAAGCUGCUCAAGCCUGAGACUAGUGAAGAAAUGGUUGAUUUUGUCCUAAGGGGUCUUCCAUCCACCAUGCAUGGCUUCUACCGGAACAAGGUGAUGUCCUAUCGACAGAAAAAGAUGAUAUAUGAAACCCUGCCCCUAUGGAAGAUCGUACUUUCUCUUUUGCCAUUCGCCAACUGGCAUUCGCCAAACGCCCGUUGCGACUUUGAAAGUCCUUACCUAGUGCUGUCGCACCCUUCCUCUCUUCGAUCAUUUCUUCACAGCCACCGCUCUCAUCGGUCGGAUAAAGAAUUAUGUCGAUACAAGGAUUGCGAUGUGGACGACGUCGUGGAUCCCGACCUCUUGGCCCUUGCGUGUGUAAAACAUCUCCUUAAGCGGCGAUAUGUGGACUUGAUCCCGCCAGACUCUCAAAGCAUAUGCAACAACCCAGCACUGCUAAAGCAACAUCCGUUCGCGACAUAUGCCGCAAAGUACUGGUAUAGGCAUUGCGACAAAUCCUCUCGCUCUCAAGAUCUUCAAGCGCUGGUCAAGAAAUUCCUUUUGUCGCAUAACUCCUACACAAGCCUUCAGAUUCAGAGCAUUGCCGUUAUUGGCCAUUUUCUCAUCAGUUAUGACCCAGUAACCGACAUACCAAGAUCGUGGAAGCAAAAUCUCCCAAGAAUGACGGACGACAUUGACGACAAAGUUUGCAAUAUCAAAGAGCAGUAUCAAACCAUGGUGUCGGACUGGAGCCAUCUGUUGCAUCUUGGACUGAGUUCAGACUUUGUUGGCGAGCUAGAUCGUGUGCGGUGGCCAACUCUUGGAACAGGACGAUUUUUGACCAGGUGGGAGUGUCGAUAUCAGUCCCUGACGAUCGGAGUUGCUCCUGCAAGCGUUGCUCCCAUAUCGAAGCUUGAUACGGCCACAUGUCGGUUGGUUGCCGCUUCCUGUUACGACGAAAAGCAGCAAGCGCUCUGCUACAUGGAUGACAGCAGUGAAAACAACAUACGGCUCUCGAUACAGAUAUGGAGUCUCGACGGGGCCAAGGCCUUGAAAAUGCACAGUAGCUACAGUGUGGUUGUCACGAAAUCCGACAGUCUCUGGUCGCGAUUUAGCACAAUCGGCUUGCAGCGCUUGCCUCUGGUACCAAAGGCCUCGCACGCUUCGCUCAUCAGUCCAGUUAAACUGUCACUCAAUGCCAACUUAUUGCACGUUGGCUGUCGGAUGUUGCAAUUGAGUGGACCGGCAACACAAAGGGCCUACUCAAUGUUCGACGUCAGUAGUGGACGUCCUCGUGAUUGCUACUUCGAAGAAUCAUGCCAAGUAGACUCUGUCAUUGUGCUUACUCGUCGCAGAAUGCCGAAAACAGUUGAUACCAAUUGGGACCUGGAGCGCACUGCACAUGCAAUUCGCAUGAAAAGAAUUCGCGACGCGAAUCAGUAUGGUCCACAGCCAUGGCGAAGAGGGACAAGCAAACCUUACUACGAUAGUAGCGAGGAGAGUAGCUCUGACGAAGACGGCUGGAAUGUCGGCCACGAUGAGGAUCUGCACACUUAUGAGCUUCCAGAGGACAUGGUUAUGGAACUAAAGGAGGAUUCGGCAGAUGAUGUUUCCAUCCUGGACUACCAAUCCGGUGCAGAAUCAGACUCUACCGGCCCAGACUAUUCUGAUUCGUCCUCCGAAGACAUUGAUCAGCAAGACGACUCAAUCCUCGGCAAUAUGGAAAACGACUCCAAUGCCGAGAGCGAGGAUGAAGGAGAACUUAGUUCUCUGCUCUCCGAUGCAAGCGAGAGACCGUCUGCCUGGGACAGCCUUUCUGAAAGCUCAUCAGCGUCCGCUGACGAGGCCAACCAAGACGGGAAAGGCAAGAGGUUUAGCUACGGUGUCCGCAUAACCAGCGAUUCACGUGGAGCGCACGGCGUUCGAUGUGAUGGAUGUCACUGUCAACUCUACGAGUCCUGGCAUUAUUGCGCUAACUGCGAGUCUACGGGUGGCGGAUUCGAUCUGUGUAAAGAGUGCAUUCAGAAAGGCUACUGGUGCUACGACCAAAGGCACGAUCUAUUUGAGUGCGGACCAAGGGGACCGCAAGGAGUCAUAAGCUGGCGCACUGCAUUGGUCAGGCAAGAUCUGAUCGUCUUGGACGUCGCCCAAGACCCUCCAAAGGAACUCUACACUUGGCAUGGAUCUUACCUAGAUAUGCUGCAUGACUCUGCUCCAUGCAUCGAGCCUCGGACAAAACUAGUGGUGUGGCCGGUCGGUCAGGAGAGGCUGCUUUUUGCGCAGCAUGAUGGCGGGUCGGCUCGCUUGCAUUCGCUGCGAACCACGAAUAGGAAAGCGCGCCAAAUAUCGGUCGCCCUGCACUUCUCUGGCUGUGGUCGAUAUCUACAUGCCGCACACAUAGAGGCAGUUCAGCUCACGAAGCAGACGAAGCUGAUGAAGAAGGGAAGGACGGGUGAUAGCCCGCCAAUAUACGGCCUGAUCUUUGUCUUGACAACUCUUCGCAUUUCAACAGACAGCGCUCCGACGCGGCGACCGGAAAAAGUUGCACGGCAUGUCUACCCUCUGGGACCGUGGAAAAGGCCAAUCAUAUCUGUCCUGCCGUAUUCAUGGACGUGGACAGACACAGAACUGUAUCUGUGCCUCAGCGACUCAACUUUGCGGGUAUACAAGGUACCGUUGACACAGGCAAGCAGCAACGUGGACAACACAGCAAAUAUCACCAGUCCAAAGAACGUCAUCUUCCUUCCGCGCUCGGCACAGACCCGGACUGUGCAAUUCUUCCCGGCUGAUAAGCCAGGAGCUACGUCAAAAGUCAUCAUCGGUCCACAUUACGAACGUAGGCCAAGUGAACCAGUCGUUCUUUUCCUCAAGGAUACGGAUCUGGGAAAGUGGAUUGAUGCCUAUCAAAAGGAGGACAUGAACGACCUCAAAUAUCUGAAGAAGCGCAAGAUGGAAGAUUUCGAGGACUUUGAUAGUUCUGAUUGCGACAUUCUUGCCUUUGACCAAGAGAACUAG